AUGUUCAAGGAGAGUGUAAGUAUAGCUAGCGCCAAAGUAUUUCUUUACCUUUAUUACCCUCCAAUUUCAUUCUCUUCUUCAAAAGAUAUUCCAGAUGACUUCCGGGUUGAGGAGUUCUAUGUAGCUCCAGCUGCUAAAGAAUCUGACGAAGAUGUCCCUGCAGAAGUUUAUGCUAGCAGCGGCAAAUAUAUCGACCCCGAUCUCCACGACCUGCUUUUUGUCCGCUACCUUGAAGAACGUGGCUUUGAUGCUCAAUUCUGCAAAACAUUGGUAGCAUACGCUACACACUACGAGCACUCGCAGUACGUAGGCCUUCUCAAUAAGAUUAAAGCCUUCGUCUCGAAGUAA